AUCUUACACUCCGAAAUUUCGUUAUUAUUUCGUGAUGAUACCGGUUGGCACAUGUGAUCAACAAAAAAUUCCAUAUUUGUGGAACUGCAUGAAAUAUUUUAAGCCCUGUCUCGUAUUGUGUGUAUUUCUAAUAAGUUUUAAAAAUUAAGAAUGGGGGGCCAAACCGAACCAAGCUACCUAGAACUUCUGACUUGCACCAUCUGCUACACAUACAUGAACAAUUACGUGAAGCUAUGCAUCCUGGGACACAGUGUAUGCAAUGACUGUUGCAUCAAUAUGAAAACAUGCCCUUACUGCAGAUCGCCUUUCAGCAAGACGAGAAACAGGAACCUUGAACAGCUGCUGUCAGCAUUCCCGCCACAAAAUCCUUCCAGCAGUGAGCUGAUCAAAAAUGAAAAUUUGAAGUGCCCAAAAUGCAGAACGUUGAUGGAUGAUCGAAUUGUUUUAUGCGGAGGUGGCCAUAGCAUCUGCAUAAAGUGUGUGAGGGGCCUGCAUCAGUGUGUCCUUUGCCCUAAGCUUAUCUGCUACCGCAGAAACUUCUUAUUGGAGAGGCUGAUUGAAAAGUUGAAGGCUCCAAGAAAUCCAAACGGUCUUGCCCAAUUGCAGGAUUAAUUUCAGGCACAUAUACUGAAAUCCCUUGAGAUGCUUGUAUGGUUCCUAGGUCUCUCCAGUUUGCUGAAAUACACAAUGUAUAUCCUAUGAGGAUAAUUCAAAUAGAAGAAAAAAUUCAAAAUAUUGUAUGUAUCAUAGUAUUUAUAGUAUAAUUUGUAUUUUUUAUUACAAAAAAAAUUAAUAAUUCGCGAAAAUCCCAUUUCAAUUUCUAUAUGCGCUAUAUAUAAAUUGUGUGAAAAAUUGACAUUAAAAAUUAGCAGAAAACUAGCAAAAAAAAUUCAAAAUUCGAAAACUGCUGAAAAGUGACAUAUUUAUUUUUUAAUUAAUUAUUGUGCGUUAUAUUCAUAUAUAUGUUUUUUCGUAUUUAUGUGUGUUAUAUUAUAAUUUUUACAAUUGUAAUUCCGAUUCUAUAUUUUGUAAUUUCAUAUAUUUCUUCAUCAAGAGAAUCAAUGUCAAUGUAAAAUGUUUAUUGAAAAACAAGACUGUACUCGUAUUUUAGAAAUAAAAGACAUGUCAAGACUG